GCAUGAUCUGGUUAGGAUCUGAGCAAGUCUCGCGCGGGCACAAAGCCUGUUGAUUGUCUGGCUCGAGCCAGACAGGUAUGUAACCCCUGAAGAUUUAUCGUAACAGUUAUAGGCGGUCCUCGAAGUCGGACUCUGCACUGUUGGAAGGUGCUGCGGCGCCAAGUGGCAGGUGCGCUAGAUGUGUAAAUAGUGUCAUCCUUCCGACUUCAAUCGAACACUUUUACAUUCCACUUUGUUCCUUUAACAUGCACCUGUACGCAGUGAGGGCUACGAACCUAGGGUUGGUGCUUCUCCCCAGAGCCAACGUCGAGACGCAAGUACUAUAUAGAACAAAGCAAAGAUUGAAACAGACAUAUCGUGUUUUCCACUGUCUUGCGCAAUGCCCUGUGACGUUCUUCCCGCAUGCCCACGAAGUGGUAGCUGUGCUAAGAAGCAGCUUUCAGGCUCGGGCGACGAUGGCGCAACCGCUGGCCAUUUUCGGGCACUUUGCUCAUCUUAUCUGCGCUUGUAUCUCACAUGCACACAUAGUCUUGGGAGCCCCCAGGUCCAAGGAGACGCUGAAUCUUCAUGAUGUUGUUGUGAAUCGUGCUUUACCGCCGGCUCGUAGUCUGUCGCACUACGGGUUGCAGCAAUCUCUUUUGAUGUCUUUGUAGUCGUUCCGAUCUCGCGGAGGACUGCAGUACCCUCCAGCUCGUAAUUGUGCAGAAGGUGUGUGGAAGCAGUGUCUCG